GCCAUAUGACAGUUGCCAAAAUGAGUGAAAAAUAAAGCUUAACCUCAUUUGUGAAUUUGUAAAUAAAAACUUUACACGGAGAAAAAAAAUUAUGACAAAUUCUUCCUAAGACGGAUAACGAUAGGCAAUUUAAUUUAUGUUGGAAGUCCAUGAUGAAUGUAAAAAAAGAACGUCAAGAUGAAGCAGAGAUUAAAGAACUGGCUGCAAAAAUUGUGGAGGCAAACAACGCUAAAAUGGCUAUGUCCAAAAUGCCUCCUCAUCAAGGUGGACAGAGUAUGAAUAUUUUAAGUUUUUUAACUGAGAAAACUAGGAACAUCAACAGUUCAUCCUCAUGUACUAGUACUAGCGAAACAAAAAAUAUUGACGAAGAAUCUACGAAAGGGAAUUUUGGUUGGACCUUCCUAGGCAACGUGUACAUCCCUUAUAUUCUACGUUCAGGCGAGAGUUAUUGUGCUGUCCACAUUGUGCAAACGAAAGUUUUGAAUGCAACACUGAAUUACAUGCACCAAAGUCUCUUCAGUUUUAUGAAUGUUCGGAGCUACUGCAUGACGGAAGCAGAGGCCAGAUUGUUGAACGAAAUUAAUUUUAAACACUGCGACUAUCAAUUUGGUCGCAAAGAAUUCACGCCGAAAGACCUCAUAAUCAGUCUUACUGAUGCAAAUGAGUUGUAUACAUUUUUAAGACAUUGUUACGCAAAAGUAGUUAAUGGCACAGAUAGUGAAAAACUAGAGCGUUGUGGUUUUAUCAGAAUUAACAGAGAAUCGGUAGUACCUUACACAAUGUAUAACGAACAGAAGUAUGUUCCACUUUUUUAUUUUGAAGGUGACACUAACUUGUUGCAGCAACAGGCUGUCAAACUUGAAGGAUGGGAUUUGUCAUACUUGAAGUUCUGUUUCAGGAUUCAAGGAAUUAGGAAAGAUUUGUUUGCUCACGACUCCUGUCCAGCAAUUAGUUUAAAUGAUAUUAAAAACUACUUUCCUCCAGGAACAAUGUUUGAAUACUAUUGGCCAAGCAAUACUUUUCAACUGAUUAGACAGAAUAUCAAUCACCAACAACAAGGUGCUCAGUGUCCUCAAGAGCCAAUAGCUAAUCCCCAUCUUUCACAAAAACCUGGUGUCCAGGAUGUAAAUGUCAACACAAUGACAGGCGGACCCACAUACCAUUCAACUCAACCUAGAACAGCCAAAAGUGCCGUGACAUUUUGCUACCCCCCGGCACAAUCAAGACUUCCACCUUGUUUCAAUUUCAAUAUGAGACCGGCACCACCUCCUGAGGUUCAAGCCAAUUCAACUCGGAAAACUGUACUUGAAGGUAUCAAUAUGAAAUCGAAUGUUAGGACAGAUGUGUUGGUUAGGUUACCUGAUGAUCAUUGUACCGUAGGAAGUAAUAAGAACCCGCAAGGAGUCUCUACUGAUGUUAACAAAGGUAUUGAAAAAAUGUAACAGACUCACUAACAGUUUGGAAAAAUGUUUCCAAGGUUCCUCAAAUAUGAACUGUAUGUGGUCCUCACAAUGUAAAUAAAUCGAUAUUUAUUUAUUCUACAAGUUAAGAUGACAUUUUACAAUACAAUUAAACAUUACCCAUCAAUACCCCAAACAGGUCCAUAAAUGAAUAAUUUUUAAAUUCAUUAUGCAUGAGUUGAAUCUUUUGAAAGUUUGAAUACCUACCAUGUCUGCUGACUAUCCUGUUUCUUAAAGUCCUCCUUUGUAAAAAAAAUAUUUUCUGUGCUUCUUGUGAUACACCCCAAAAUGAAACUUUGCCUACAGAGGUUGCUGAAUGAAAUUGCACAUGACAUAAGACAUUUGUUUAGCGAGAGUCCCAGGAUUUUCAGUAAGUUCACUUGUUUCAUAAAAUUAUUUAAUGAUUUUAAAAGUAAAAUAUGGUGUGAAACGUUGAUUUUUUUCAACCUUGCAUAGUGAUUUAUUUUUAGUUAACUCGUUUAUAUCAACAUAUCCGGUUGAAGCAUUCAUAUGAAAUGCUUUUAAAUUUAUACUUGUCUGAUUUAUCUAUCAAAAUUUCAUAGUAAGAAGGCUCAAUAAUUAAGACAGAAGAAAAGUACUGAGGUUUGUUUUCUUUAACUUUAUUUUCUUUGGGCUUCCCCUUCGUUUGUGAAGGCUGUUGUAAAGAAUGAAAAGACUAAAUUUGAUACCAAUUGUUCAUACACUUUUGCAAACAUAGAUAUAAUGAUGAGCCCGAAGUUUUCAAAUUUGCUCUGCAACCAGCUUUAUGUACAUGUUUUAUUUUUUAUAAAUUUUAAACUUUUUGGAUGAUUCUCUUUCUUUUGCUGAACAGUUGAAGCAAAUGUUAGUGGGCCUGCAACCUAGCAAAUUUUUCAAAAGAUUAGAGCGCAUUUCUUCAUUAAUGUAAAGUUUUUUGUUUCCCAUUACUUGAAUUAUUUGUUAGUACGGAAAUUCUGUUAAUUACCAUAUUGAAAAAAGUUUAAAAAUUUCACAUAAUUUUGUCAUUGAAAAAAUCUGUCAAUUGACACUUUCAAAUAUGUCAAUUGGUACUUUCCAAAGUUGCGACUUUUAUUGAAUGAAUUCAAAGUAUUCAGGAUAAUUUUGUAUAUGUAUUCGUAUUGGUUAUAUGUAUGUAUGUCCUACAUACCUGGUACUGUUUUUAAAUUCAGGGCCUUUUUUGUGCUGACGACAGACGCUACAUCUUAAUACUGCACUAUCAACAACUUGCUUGUUACCUGUUUAGAUGAUAACUAAUUAGGCAUGUGAUAUUUUAAAUGUCCUUUUAAGUUUUUAACUUUUAAAUUACCUCUGAUAAUAAAAAGGAAUGGUUGGGCAGUACUCUAGACAUGACAGGUACGAAAGUGUAAAUUGAUAGAUAGUUUGUCUAUUGACAGAUUUUCCAUUUUCUGUAUUGGCAGCAUUACGCCAUCGGAAUUCUGUUUGUGAUUCAAUUUUAUUGAUAUUCGGUAAUGUGUUGUCACAAGUGAUUUUUUGUGUUUUGUUAAUUUCAAUGUGUUUUAGAUUUACUUAUUUUUCUAGUUUGCUGUUAUUUGCUACAUUCAAAAACUGUUUGUAAACGUAUGUCUUGAUAUUUUUUUGUUAUAAAUUGAAAUAUAUUAAUUUCUUAUCAAGAUUGGAGAGUAGACAUAUUUCCAAAAUUUCUAGAAAUCAGUAAAUCCUUAGUUAGUAAUGUCAUUCUUCAAUGUGACCUCUUUUUAUAGUGAUAUUAAAGUUUGUAAAUUGUAAA